CCCACGGCCCCGCCCACGGCCCCAUCAGCGCCUUAAAAGUGCACGCCGCUCCCCAUUCCCCAGCCGCACUGAAAACCCUGGUGCCUCCUGCGAGGGGGUCCAGGGGCGCGGGGCUCGGCCACUGCGCGUGCGCGCGCCGACGCCCGUCACUUGCGGCCCCUCUCCUGUGCCCGGACUUGGUACGGCCGGGACGGCGGUUGGCGUCCUCCGCGGCCCAGCUCGGGGCGGGCUUUUCAAAUCUUACCUCUGGGGGCGUGGCGGCAGCCCCGGCGCUGGCGCUGGCGCUGGAGAUGGAGCUGCCGGCCUUGGGCGGUGCGGAGCUAGCCCCGGCGGGGCUUCCCGUCCAACAGGACUACAACAUUCAAGAAAAAAUAGAUCUAGAAAUUCGAAUGCGAGAAGGAAUAUGGAAACUCCUUUCCCUGAGCACUCAGAAAGAUCAGAUUUUGCAUGCAGUAAAGAAUCUCAUGGUAUGCAAUGCUCGAAUAGUGGCUUAUACAUUGGAGCUACAGAAAUUGAAAGAGCAGGUUGCAAAUCAGACUGGAAGAUGUGAUGUGAAUUUUGAAAGUAAAGAACGAACAGCAUGUAAGGGAAAGAUUGCCGUAUCAGAUAUUCGAAUACCACUAAUGUGGAAAGACUCCGAUCACUUCAGCAAUAAAGAACGAUCACAGCGCUAUGCCAUUUUUUGUUUAUUCAAAAUGGGAGCUGAAGUUUUUGAUACUGACAUGGUGAUUGUGGAUAAAACAAUCACAGAUAUAUGUUUUGAAAAUGUAACUAUAUUUAGUGAAGCAGGGCCAGACUUCCAGAUAAAGGUGGAGGUAUAUAGCUGCUGUACAGAGGAAUCUUCUAUAAUCAACACACCAAAAAAACUAGCUAAGAAACUGAAGACAUCUAUAAGUAAAGCUACAGGGAAGAAAAUUAAUUCAGUGCUUCAAGACGAUCAUGAAACGUAUUUGUCCUUCAGUUCUGCUAUUCCUGGUGCAAAGUAUAAUUUGCUAGCUCAUACUACACUAACCUUGGAAAGUGCUGAGGAUAGCUUCAAGACCCAUAAUCUGUCUAUUAAUGGAAAUGAGGAGUCUUCAUUUUGGCUGCCCUUAUAUGGCAACAUGUGCUGCCGAUUAGUUGCCCAGCCAGCUUGUAUGGCUGAGGAUGCAUUUGCAGGAUUUCUUAAUCAGCAGGAAAUGGUAAAAGGUCUGAUUAGUUGGAGAAGGUUAUAUUGUGUUUUAAGAGGGGGUAAACUCUAUUGUUUUUAUACUCCUGAAGAAAUUGAAGCUAGAAUGGAACCAGCUUUGGUAGUAUCCAUUAACAAGGAAACCAGAAUUCGGGCAAUGAAUAAAGAUGCCAAAAAAAGAAUCCUUAGUUUCUCUGUCAUCAACCCUGUUGCUGGACAGGCUGUAACUCAUAUUUUUACAGCUGACAACAGAGAAGAUCUUCAGAAGUGGAUGGAGGCCUUCUGGCAGCAUUUCUUUGAUCUUAGCCAAUGGAAGCAUUGUUGUGAAGCACUUAUGAAAAUUGAGAUUAUGUCACCACGGAAACCACCUUUGUUCUUGACAAAAGAGGCGACCUCAGUCUACUAUGAUAUGAGCAUUGAUUCACCUAUAAGACUUGAAAGUUUAACUGAUAUAAUACAAAAGAAAAUAGAAGAGACAAAUGGACAGUUCCUUAUUGGACAGCAUGAAGAAUCCUCACCACCUCCUUGGGCUACACUCUUUGAUGGUAAUCAUCAAUUGGUAGUUCAGAAAAAGGUAUUACCUCCUCCAAGCAAGCUGUUCCAUGAGGGGAAAGGGAAAAAGAGACGAGCUCCCCUUCCUCCUCCUGAUAAAACUCCAUUCAGCUUAGGCACACAGAGCAACACAGAUAAGUUGGUUAAGGAAAACUGGGAAAAAACAAGUGUAUCUCAGACCUCACAUUUGGACACCAAAUUAUCAACCCUAAUGCAUCACUUACAGAAACCAGUGGAUGCUCCUCGAAACCUUCCUUCCAGGAAAACUAGUUUAACUGAUGGUGAACACACAGACACUAAAACCAGUUUUGAAGUCAAGCCAGUGCCAGCCCCAAGGCAGAAAUCUAUCAAAGACAUUUUGGACCCUAGAUCAUGGUUGCAGGCACAAGUAUAGAAAACCCUUAAUGUGGUAAGCAUUUAACAGCAUCUAUAACUGUGAGGCUUAAUUCAAAAGCACUACAGAUGUAGUAAUAUAUAAUUAUGUAGGUAAAUAUAAUGAUUUGCAUCAAUAAUUAAUGAUCUAUUAGGUAUUUAAAAUGUUUUAUAAUGAAGAAAUGGAUUUCUCUUUUACUUUUGAUUUUCAGAAUGUGAGUAAUUUCCCCAGCAGAGUUCAAGAGGCAGUUUUUAGACAAUAUCCUAAUGGUUGGAAGGGUUAAUUUAUUCCUAAAUUAGUACCAGGCAAUGAACAAGCACUAGGCUGAAGAAAGCAUUAAACUUUCUUUGGGUAGAGACUGUCUAGUAAUUUAAAAUGUGUUAAAUAUGAGUCAUGUUCUCAUUGUGAAAAUUUUAAUACUAAUGGAAUGUUUCAAAAGUUUUAUUCAAACCACAAAUUAUAGAAUCCACCCAAGAAAAUUUCUUCUUAGCAUUCUGGAAUUCUCAUCUAAUGGUUCACUGGCUCUCAUCUAUUGUUUAGCUCACUAGUUAACUCACUGACCUUUCAUAUUCCUGGGAUAAAUUCUAGAAUAUUAAAUUCUUCAUCUUUAAAGAGAUUUUGAAAUGUGCUAUUCAGAGUUGUUUCCUUGAUGAGCCUUGAAAUCCUAUUGAAAUUAACUCUCAUAAGUGAAGCAUAACAUUUAUUAGUUUAGAGAAAAGAUAGAAGAAAUGUUUUUACUUCCACUUUUCUGUGCAUGGUGCUAAUUUCCAUUGUGACAUUGAAAUUUUGGUAAGUGAGUAGCUGAUUAACACCUUAAAAUUCAUUUAAUACUUAUUUAAAAAGCCGGUGGCUGAAUCAAAAAUAUCAGAAAAGUUGGCCAUGAUGAUAAUUUUCAGAAUUAAUCCUUUUAAAAAAGUUUAAUUAGAUUUCCUUUUUCUAGUAAGGGUUGAUGUCUGCUAUUGAUAUUAUUCAUUAAAAGCCAUAUUCUUCUAACAAUAACAUUGGAAUCAUUUCCAUAGGAGGUAAUUUCCAUAGCAACUAAUCAUAGUGACCCAAGCAGGAUUAUUAAAUCAAGUGGGGACUAAAUAGUAAGAGGAUGAAUACCUUAAAGGAAUAAGAAAUCCAUUUUUUAUAAUAAUACUUCUUAUAAACAAGAGCUGAACAGUUUUAAAAAUCUAAUCAGAAUUUCCAAAUAAAACAGUUUUCCAUAAGGUGUCAGCAACAGCACUAAAAAUCUCAUAUCACGCUGAAUCUUAAAUGUCAUUGCAAGCAAUACAAAUACAAUAAUUAGAUUACUGCCCUGUGUAUAACCUCUAGAGAUCUUUCUAAAGCUCAUAAGAACUCUAUUUGGAUCAGAACUACAUUAUCAUAAAGUAAAACAAACACUUGAUAAACUACAACGUUAAUUUAAAUGGAGCCUUUCAUCAUUUUUAGGUAGCAGCCUCUUUUCAUUUAUAUAGAAUGAUGCAACUACCAGGUUUCUUUUGUGUUUGCACAGGACUCCUAGUAGGAAUUAGAACUCAAGGGAGUAGUGAUACAAAAGGUCUCUUGUGACUGGAGACACCAGGAUAGACAUAGUAUUUGAUAAGAAGGAAGUCCUACAUGCUUGCCUGAUAUCAUAUAGAGGCAAUCACAUAUAUGAAAACCUAAAAAGGUAGGAUUAAUUUGUUUUUUUCUAAUGUGAAAGUUCUUGUAAAUUUCUGUUGUGAUUGCCAAUUUAGUAAAUGAUGUAUUAAAAAUCUAAAGUUUUGAUAGUAUUUGAAUUUUUGUUUAUUUUUGAAACCUCAGUUUUUGGCAUCAUGACUGUCCUUGCCACUAAAUUAUUGAGCUAGAGGAUGCUGCAGGCGAAAUUGUUUUUGAAACCAGCAUCUAAACAUAUUUUUUUGUUGUUAUUGGAACCUUCCUUAUAACAAACCAGUGUUAAAACUUCCAAAUUAUAUUAUCAUUUUUGCUCAUGUGUAUUAUCUAAAUAAAGAUUUAAUUUGUACAGGAAAAAGAAUUUAUGCAAACUGAAAUUACCUAGCAAUUGUGCCCUUGGUGGGGAACUUUGAAACAAGGCUGAAGCCCUUUUUCCUAAAACCAUUUUAUGUGAAGCCUGACCAAGGACCUCCUUCUCCUCCCAAAAUUAUUCAGGAUGUCUCAGGAGGGCCCAUCUCGCUGUAUGUCACACAGCCUUUGAAAUCAGGCUAAAGUCUUCAGCUGCACUUCCCUGACGUCGUGCUUUCCUCCUAAAAGAUAUAACACAAAGUUGGGGUUUCCUUCUUCCCUCCUUCCCUCCCUUCUUUCCUUUCUCCUUCCUUCCUUCCUUUCACAGUUAAAAAAAAGCUGAAAAUGCGAAGUUAAACACUUUGUCAAAGAGUUUGUGAAAAAAAAGUAUUUGUUUUCUUAUUUCAUAAGCCAGAAAUUUAUGACAGAGAAAAAUAUGCUAUGUAAUAAAAGACGUUUCAGGUUUUUAUGAGCUGGCUUUUCACAUUCCUUGUUUGUCUUUUUGUUUCUUGAUAUAUGAAGACUAUAAACUUGAAACAAAGAGCUGUCAGAUUUGAUAAUAAUAUUAUAAUUGGAGAAACAUAAUAGAAAGAAUAUAUAUUUUAUGAUGUAAUUCUGAUGACCUGAAGAUAAUGUCUUAGAAAUUACAUUUACAUUUCAAGCUCUGGGAUAUAAAUUACAAUAGCAUUAAGAAUAGUAAAUUAUCUUUAGUUGUUACCUAGUGGUGAGUUUUUUAUUUAAACAUCUUACAAGGACAAAGGCAUUUUGUUAUUAAAAAUGCACACCCCCUAAGGAAAACAGUCUUUCAAAAUAUCAGGCAUGCCAACUGUUGGAGAGUUUAUUAAAUCUUUCUUAACUGUCUGCAUUGCCCCCUGACUUCUUUUAAAUGGAUGUGCAUGUGUGUGGAAAACUAAAUCCAUUUAUUAUAAAUGCCUUAUCUUUACCCUUUAGGAUCCUACUAAAUGCAUUUUACCUGGUACUAUUUAUUAAAAAUGGAAGCUUCCUUGAUUUAGAGACAAUUCAUGUAAGGUAGGUAAAGCAGUUAAGUGUUUCCUUAGGCUCAUGUUCAGCAUCUCAGCCUCCUACUGAGAAGUUAAUUAAUUCAGUCCAAAAUGAAAUUAUAGGGCAUUUUGAUGCUAUUUAUGUUAAAUGCCAUUUGAAUGUAAUCACCUGUGUUACCAUGAAUAAGGAACAACCGUACUAGAUAGAUAGACUGUUGUACUAUGAACAAGAGAAGUGCUUUGGCAUGAAAAAUAUCUGUCCCUGUGGUCAGAAUUUAUCAAAACUCAUUGUCUUUUAAAAGAGUGGAUUAUUGAACAUUAAUUAAACUUUGACUGAUAACCAUUUGCAUUCUAGUAGUUUUCUUCAUUGUUCCUAUUAUUAAACUAUAAUAUGGAGUUGACUUUUUGCAUUUAAUGUUUCAAAGACAUUACUGUUUUAAAUGUUUGCAUGUUAUAUGUUACUGCUUUAUUGCUAAUAAUAGUUACAUAACGGGUUUGUUAUGGAUCAUGCAUAUUCUUAGUUAACACUAGAAAAAAUGUUAUCUUUGAUUUUUUAAAGACAAGAUUGCAUUUGAAAAGAUCGUAGGGUGUGUUAUUUUUUUAUAACAUGCUUGUAUAAUUGGCAUUGUUUGUAACUUUUAUCUUUUAAUUAAAUAUGGGUCAAGCUUCUGGAUUAAAAA